UUCAGAUCACUACUUACACGAUAUAUCGCUAGAGGUCUUGGCGGCAUACCAAAAGCAACAACUCUUCCAAACUUUGCAGUCGUGUCACUCAAGUUAUUUCAUAAUCUACUUGCAUCACGGGAAGCUUUAUUGUCUACGCAACUUUUCUCGUCGGCAAUGAAGAAUUCCGUACCAACAUCCCAAAUCGAGAUCCUCAAUCAACUCAUCGAUGACGAGCAAGGUACAUAUCGCGUCCGGGCGGGACACCGAGUCCACUAUGUAACCAUUCCCACCUCCACAUUCGACGAAGAUACAAUGUGCCGCACAUACCUACUGAUUCCCCAGCUCCCCGCCUUCCCCGACGAAGACUGGACCACAAUGCACAUCUCCCGUGGAAUAGAUGGCGUCAUCGAGUCGAUACUCUCUCACAAGCCUCUACCUGAAAUCCACGAGCCGUGGCACCAUCGCCGCAUCGACGUCCUUUCAUUGAAGCGUACCAAGCGCCAUCGAUCAAAUGUUCACGAGGUUUCGUAUGAAGACCGACCAGCGAUUGCAAAAAUCGCCUUGUUUGAGUGGGAUUUCCAAAGGAUUGAGAAUGAAACUAUAAUAUAUUCGAUCAUCAACAAGCAUCAGCAUCAGCAUCCCGCUGAACCCCCAUGUGCCCCGGAAUUCCUAGGUCAUCUGACAGAGAAUGACAGAGUGAUUGGGUUCUUGUUGGAGAAAGUAGAUGGAGAGUUCGCUUCCAUCGAAAAUGUGUCGGAUUGUCAGAACGUGCUUCACAGGCUGCAUGGAAUGGGCUUGAUUCAUGGAGAUGUCAAUCGAUACAACUUCAUUGUCGACCAGUCACACAAGACUGUGCGGAUGAUUGAUUUUGAGCACGCAGAAGAAUUUGAUGAGACAAGGGCCCGUCAGGAACUGGAGUCAUUGGCUUCCGAGUUGACUGAAAACACGGGACGAGGCGGUCCCACAGUAUCGAUCAAUUAGUUCUCUUCUAAGCAGUGGAAUUAACCACUAGUCAUACCCCCUUUGCUUAACAAUGAAUGAUAUCUCAUCUUCUAAAACCCAAAUUCUGUAGUAAUCAUUCAAGUAGGCAAAUUGCUGUAAUCAAGAAUCUAUACAGACAUUUCACUAUCUCAGACCUAAUUGCAAGGGCUGAUUUUAAAGCAAGCGAUAUUACUGGCCACCAAUCACCCGAAAAGCUUGCUCUUCUAAGUGCAAAAUUACCGCGAUAGUAACAAUAUAAUUCCUUAAUUGUUCGUGAAUGAGAGAAGCUGCUCAAUUCUGUGGUAAGCUGCAUGUUCAUUCGCCAGGGCAAUCUUUUUCGCGCCUCGAGGCUUGCUUUGAUACGUCCAUCAAUAGAAGUGAAGCAAGGUUGAAGCGACCCCGCAGGUUCCCAUCGCUUAUAGAGUUCAGACCUACCUCUCUUCCAGCCUGCCCCCGCUUCGCUGUCAAGCACUAU